UCAGGUGGUUGACAUAAAAGAAAAACUGAAGCUGUCAAAGAAAUUUUGGUCCAACCUGCCCGAGGCGAUGUGCGUGGAAGACAGAGUGACCGCAGGAAAUACCAGCGAUGAGGAGUGCUGGAAUGGACACACUAAGGGCAGGUACUUCCCUGAAGUUCAAAAGGAUGGACUUACAAACCAGGUGAAUAACCCAGAGGUGGGUGUGGACAUCACCCGUCCAGACACUUUCAUCCGCCAGCAGAUCAUGGCUCUGAGAGUGAUGACAAACAAGUUGAAAAAUGCCUACAACGGCAAUGAUAUCUACUUUCAAGACUCAAGUGAUGAAGGCAGUGGUUCAGGCAGCGGCAGUGGCUGCACAGACGUCUGCCCCACAGAAGCUGACGAUGCUGCCACCGAAGCCCCGGUGGUGGAGGCUGACCGGAGCGGGCCUGUGGAUGAUUCCAACCCACUCUGUGCACCAAUAGCCCUGCCAACCAUGCUGGCCCUCUCAGCCCUGGCAUUCCACCAACAGUGGAGAUAAUGCUGGAGGAACCAGCUAAACAUGGACAGCAGGGUUGUUUUUCUUUCUUUUUUUUUCAUCUUUGCAGUUUUUGUAUUCAGGCAGAUUGGAGCUACAGUCGAGCAGACAGUAUGACGGCUGCUCGCCUCACAGUGAGAGGAGACUGUUCUGAAAAACCAGAGCGGUCAUGCAUCAUGAUUUCCCAAUCUCCCAAAGAUCGUGCAGUGCCAUCCUUAGACUUGAUAUAUGACGGCAUCACCCCUCCGUCUAACCCUGAUGCCGACCCAACAGACUCUGCUUCAGAGAUUUCUUGCACAUAUGGCAGGUACUAAUGUAGGUCUCCAUGUGGAAAAUUAUAACACGCACUUUGAUUGUUUUCAUUUUUUUAAUGCAAAAAGUUGUUUGUGUGUUGAGAAUGUGGUUAUGUGAGGCAUCAAAAAGAGACACUUGAUAACUUUGAAUAUACGUUAAACAGGAUAUUUACAGAGGAUGAUCUAUUUGCUGAAAAAUUCAGGAACAUUUCAACAUUUCAUAUUAAUUCAAUUCUUCCAUUGUCAUAUAAUCAUGUGCCAAUUAUUGAUUAUUUUUUCACAAGACGUAAGCUCAUUAUAUUCUGAUAUUGUUCAGAGUGGUCAUAAAUCCAUGUAUGUUUAUUACAUGCUGCUUCAUCUUUCAUUUUAAACAUGGCAACAUCAUACAUUAAGUAUUUCCCUGUUCUGCUCUAGUUAUCCACCUAAACUGUUCAACAGCCGCCUUGUGCUGAACUCACAUUUUGUAAAAAAAAAAAAAAAAAAAGGAUUAGACUGGCUUUUUUAUUAUGCAUUUGCCUCGCAACAAAUUUAUAAUCUGCAAAAUAUUUGUAUAUCAUGCUGAUUUGUUGGCCUUGGAGCAGACAGCCUGGACUGAAUAAUAUGAAGCAGUGAUUGACACAUCGGGAAAGGUGCCACUGUAUGUACAAUUGUAGGAAUGGUUGCUCUGUAGUCUUUUGGGGUACAGGUCCUUGACUGUAAUUACUUUCAUUAUGUUAGAGAAGGAUAAACAAAUGCCAAUCCACAGUUUCUAAAAGAAUUGGUGAUUCAAUUAUUUAGGGUACCAUUACAUCAGUAUAGGGCUUAAGACUUCAGUACGUUACCUAAUGUAUUUCCAUCUUACCACUUAAAAGCAUCUGGAACCGUAAUACCAAGACAAUAUAAUUAGGGGAUUUAAUAUUUUACAAUUGUAUUUAUAAAGAUUUCCAAACUGCUCAUGAAACAAACUCUGUUGAGAUUAUAUAUCAGUUCAUGUAAAUGUGUAAUUGGAAAUGCUCCCCAAUUUAAUACAAAAUCACCAUUUACCAAAGAAAGUAAUGUGCUGCCAUAGUUUUUAUUAAUCAACAGUAACUGGAUCCUAUAGAAUAUCAUGUGCCAUAUCUGGAUUGUCUUUAACAAAUAUAAAAUGUUUUAUUUCCAGUAAUUCUGGGUUUGCACAUAUAGUAGGCAACAUCAAUAAAGAAGGUGCCAAUUAGGCAGAUGUGAUUGUUAUCCUGUAACUUUAUUAACAAUUUGGAUAGAGUAUUUGAUGUGUGUUGUGAUGUUUUUAAAAAGAAACAAAACAGAAAUACUGGCAGACAGUAUUAGAAUUGAAGUUUAAAGUUGUCUUUUUUGAAAAAAUGUAUCCCAACAGAUAUGUAAAAGCUGCAGGAAUUACUAAAGAAGAAGUAGCAAACAGCACACAGUGGUUACCGGGAAUGCAAAGAAAAGGUCCCUAAAUUUAUCUGUAAAGCUUGACUGGUUGUGUCUGCAGCACAGACAGGCUUGAAGCCGACCACAGUCACCUGUGAAAUGAGAAUCUGUGGAGACCGGACAGGCCUGAAUGCUCCGCUGAAGCUCCUCAGUAGAGCGUACUCACAUAGAAUGUGAGAGGCCUGGCACUGCUGAGGGGGGCGGACAAAACCAGCCAGUAUGUACGUCUACUGUUCUCUAAGAGCCUGUCAGCUACAUAACCACAGGGCCAGCUUAGCUUACACAUCCACCGAAUUAGCCAGUGUUACGCCCUUAGCAGUAUACUCAUGUUCAGCGUUUUUCAUUAUUGCACUUAACGACAGCAUUUGCCUCAACAUUGCAAGAACAAGUGAAAAUGUGUCAAACGUGUCAUUUAAAAGGAUUCUUUAUUAUGAAUAAUGAUCUUACAGGAUGCCCUUUUUAUGUUUUGUAUCAUUGAACUUUACAUGUAAUAUUUUUGCAAUAAAAUAUUGAAAAUGGAUGUCUGGUCAGACAAAUUAUCUGAAAAAUAGAAGUAGCAGGAAACGCUGUAAGACAACAUUUUUUUACAAUCAAUGCUUUGCGCUAUGAAGUCAAAUCCUAAUGAGGUAAAGUCAGUUUGAAGUUUGAAUCUCAGUUCAAACCAGGAGGGCGGAGGAACUAGUCAAGAAAAUAUGCCUUAUUGUUUUUCAGUGCAAUGAAGACAAUUGCAUUCGUGUUUUGUUACUGUUCUUGAAAAUAAAUAUUUAUUAAAAACAUUCCAAUAGAUUUGUAUUUGUGAUUCUGUAAAGAGAAAGUCACCAAACCAGUUAAAGUAUACAUUAAUUUUGA